AUGUCCAAUACCAAUACUGAGAGCAAGACCACAGCUUAUGUUGGAGGGCUUGAUCACAGCAUGACAGAGGAACUCGUGCAUGCAGCCUUUAUUCCUUUUGGUGACAUUGUAUCGGUUCAACUUGCAAACGAUCCGGGAUCACGCAAUCCGCACAAGGGCUAUGGUUUUGUCGAAUUCGAAGAGGAGGAGGAUUGCGAAGCUGCUAUUGAUAAUAUGAACUUGGCUGAAUUACACGGCAAGGUGAUCAAGGUGACCAAGGCUAAACCACAUCGAGUACUUGCAGGAUCCAACAGAGCAGUAUGGAGCGACGAUGCAUGGCUACAAAAGCACGCUGUACCACAAACCGAACCAGCCGAAGAAGCAAAGUCACCAUCUGAACCCCCACCACCAUCGCCCUAG